GCAAACUUACUAACUAUGUCUCGUAUCUUUCAGGGUGUUGUGGACUUUGGAGUCAGUGAGAACAAGCUGAUGUUUGAUGUUGUCGAGAAAAAGUUGGCUGAACCCAAGAUACAGAAGCUUGAACCCCACAUGCUGUAUUAUGAUGAGAUGCCUGGAAACAUGAGGUUCCGUAAGGCAUUGGCUGCGUUCCUCACUGAGCGACUGAAUGCAGCAAAACCACUGGAUCCAAAAUAUACAAAGGUGUGCAACGGGGCUGGACCAAUGAUGGAGCUCGUUGCAACCAGCAUAGGGGAUCCUGGAGACUGUCUCCUGAUGCCCAUGCCGUGCUAUGGAGGUGUGUUCUGGGAUGUGGGAGGUCGGGCACAGAUCCAAACGUUGCCUGUUCACCUCAGCAGUAAGAUGGAAGAAGGAGAGACAAAGCCUUUUCAACUUACAGCCAAGAAGAUUGAGGACACCUACAACGAAGCCACAGCAGAGGGAAAGAAGAUUGUUGGCAUUCUUCUCAUCAACCCCCACAAUCCACUGGGAGAUAUCUACAGUCCUGAACUUCUCAUGGACAUUCUGAACUUCUGCCACCGUCACUCCCUGCACGUCAUCAUGGAUGAAAUCUACAUGAUGUCCAUAUUCGACGGUGAGGCCAAGUUUACCAGUGUCCUCAGCCUGCCAAAUAUCCCUGAUCCCCAGAGAACUCACAUGGUUUGGGGUUUUGCCAAAGACUUCUGCAUGUCAGGGAUGCGGUGUGGUGUACUGUACAGUGAGAAUGAAGCCGUCAACAAGGCUGUGGAGGCCCUGGUCUACUUCAACAUGAUUCCUGGGCCCAUUCAGCACAUGCUGACAGAGAUUGUUCUUGAUAAAGAAUGGGUGGACAAUGUAUUCAUCCCCACCAAGUACUCCCGUAUGAGGGAGGCCCGCUCCUACAUGUGUGACAAGCUGGCAGCUUUAGACAUCCCCGUCCGUAAGAGCCCUUCAGGACUGUACAUUUGGGCAGACUUCAGAAAGUACAUCCAACCAUUGACUCAGGAGAAUGAGCUUGUGCUAUUUGAAAAGUUCAUGGAUGCAGGAGUUUACCUUACCCCUGGUAUGGCGGCAUUCAGAUGUGGGGAGCCUGGAUUCUUCCGCUUGGUCUACACAGUGUACAGGGACCAUCUAGAAGUGGGCAUGGAGAGGAUAGCAGCAGUGUUGAAGGACUGUGCAGAAAACGGGCUCACCAAACCUCCAGGAGGUGCCCAAGCAGAAGUCCCGACUACUGCCAACGGUAAGUAAAAGAAGAAUCCCUAGAGGACCUUCUUGGACUUCUGAAAGGAAGGAUAUCAUCCUCAGGUUGGCUGGAGGAGACCAGAUCACAGAACUGGGCAACCCAGAACCCAGAAGCUUUAGAACAGUUCAAACAAGCUAUGAAAUCCCAGGAGGGAUUUGGGGACACAUAGCCAUCAGAAAACAUAAUGUUGUGUGUUGAAUGUUGUAAUCUUACUCCAAAGAUUGACUUGACUUUAUUUGGAUCCACAUUUAGCAUACAAAACUGCAGCUAUUCUUCCUGUGGUCCAUUGACAAAAGAUCAACUAAAUCUACUCAGGUGUUUGACUCUAAUCAAGGAGGUUGUAUCCAAUUCUACCUCUAUGCUCUAAUACUAGUAAGAGUUCUCUGAUCUUUUCUUUAUAGAUGUGAAAAAAAUCUUGAGUAGCCAAAUAGUUCUCUGACAACCCAAAUCGUUUCUUGAAACAGUUACAUAUUUUCUAAAAUUGACUUGUUACGUGUUUUAACAUGUUUAGCAUAGCUUUCCACUUACUUGUGCUAACUUGUGUCAAGUAACCCAAAAUAAAAGAAGUGUGACAGAU